CCGAUGGACUACUCCUACCUCAAUUCGUACGACUCGUGCGUGGCGGCCAUGGAGGCGUCCGCCUACGGCGACUUCGGCGCCUGCAGCCAGCCCGGCGGCUUCCAGUACAGCCCCCUGCGGCCCGCCUUCCCCGCGGCCGGGCCUCCCUGCCCAGCGCUCGGCUCCUCCAACUGCGCGCUUGGCGCCCUACGCGACCACCAGCCCGCGCCCUACUCGGCAGUGCCCUACAAGUUCUUCCCGGAGCCGUCGGGCCUGCACGAGAAGCGCAAGCAGCGGCGCAUCCGCACCACGUUCACCAGCGCGCAGCUGAAGGAGCUGGAGCGCGUCUUCGCCGAGACGCACUACCCCGACAUCUACACCCGCGAGGAGCUGGCGCUCAAGAUCGACCUCACGGAGGCUCGUGUGCAGGUCUGGUUCCAGAACCGCCGGGCCAAGUUCCGCAAACAGGAGCGCGCGGCCAGCGCCAAGGGUGCGGCGGGCGCGGCGGGCGCCAAAAAGGGUGAGGCUCGCUGCUCGUCCGAGGACGACGACUCCAAGGAGUCCACGUGCAGCCCCACGCCCGACAGCACCGCGUCGCUGCCGCCGCCGCCGCCGCCCGCGCCGGGCCUCGCCAGCCCGCGCCUGAGCCCCAGCCCGCUGCCCGCCGCCUUGGGCUCGGGGCCGGGACCUGGGCCGGGGCCACAGCCGCUCAAGGGGCCCUUGUGGGCCGGCGUGGCGGGCGGUGGGGGUGGCGGGCCGGGCGCGGGCGCGGCCGAGCUGCUCAAGGCCUGGCAGCCGGCGGAGCCCGGGCCCGGGCCCUUCUCGGGGGUCCUGUCCUCCUUCCACCGGAAGCCCGGCCCCGCGCUGAAGACCAAUCUCUUCUAGCUGCCGGCCCCUGGAGGCUCGGGGCCUGCCCUCCAGACCCGCCAGAGUCCCUCCCCCACCGGGCCACCUGCCUGGCGUCCCCGCCGGUCCCCCCUCCUCCCCACGGCGUCUGACCCUACGUGGGCUCUCCCCAGCUGUGAAAACCAGGUGGGAGCCACUCAUCCUCACGCACACCCCCGCCCAGCAGAGCCAGGUACUUUUCACUGGGGUGCCCUCGGCGAGCAGGGAGCCCCCUCUAGCUUGGCUUUCUUUGGAACCGGGAUCAAGGAACGCCUGUUCCUGACACUGGGCGAGCGAGAGGCGAAUCCCCACGCAGGAACAGCCUGGCUUCCUCCCCCAGCUCUGCAGCCCGCUAGGUCACUCCUCACCUUGGUGACCCGCCCGCUGACCGGACCCAGGCAGAGGCUGUCAGCACUGGGAUAACGAGUGGCCUGAAGGGUCCACGGCCGAUUUGUCCCUCAGAUGUGUCCCCGUCCAUCCCCAGGCUGUCUGGCACAGAGGGCGGCCCGCUAGAUGAGUGGAGGAGCUGCCAGGGCAAAGGGACAGAGGCGCUUCCUCUUUCCUGACUUUUUGUUGUUGUUGUUGUUUUCCUUUCAAAACCUUGUAAUUUAUUGAGGUGAGUUUUGCUCAAUCCAAAUAAAACUUAAUUUAUUGAA